UCUCAACUGUCUCCGUUGUCUUUUUUCAUCUACAAAUUGUUGCCGGUCCUCUUCAGAUUGACCAACGUCAGCGUUGGGACCUGGCAUAGUUCGCCCCCUUGUGUCCAUCUCGUGAUGAGCUGAAGUGCUGGGCUCUCUUGCCCCGGCGCAGCGCGGUCACCUGGGCCACUCAGGUGUGCCAGUCCGCCCUCAGCGAUAACAGAGGACUGAAAAGGCUCAUUACUGGGAGAGAGAGACUAAGAGAGCUGGAGCAUUAUCCACUAAUUGAGCAUACCUACAUCAGUGUCAUCACUGGGGGAAAGAGCACACAGGAGUUAGAGCAGACGUGGCUUUACGUGGCACAGUUUGUGGUCCCACCAAGUGACCACUAUGUCUGGAGCAAACAGUGACCAUCUGCACCGGUCCACUCUCACGGUCUACACUAAUCUGAUGGAACAUUUCAACCCUGGCCUACAGAAACUGGUCACCUUAGGAAACAGCUAUGUCAAAGCAUUUCAAUCUCUUGCAGUGACCAGUGAAGCCUACUUUAGCGCUGUCGCUAAAAUGGGAGAGCAGGCUCUUCAUACAUCUUCAUCUCGCUCACUGGGUGACGUGCUGGUCCAGAUCUCUGAGACUCUGCGCAGACUGACUGCUGAAAUCGAGGGAGUGUUCCAGUGGUUCCAUAUUGAAGUGCUGCAGGCGAUGGACAAGAAUGUGAAGCUGGAUGAGGAGUACAUUGAUGGCAGCAGAAGGGUGUAUGAGCUUGAAGUGAGGAACCAGGCCGCAGCUCUGGAGAGACAGUUAAGAAGAGGAGCUUUCAGAGACUCGCUGGAGAGCAGUGAGUACAUGCAGUAUCUGAGACAGAGUAACCAUGAGAUCCUGAAAGAGGAGGAGAGACGCUACCGCUUCCUGGCAGAGAAACACUGCGGCCUCACUCAGUCCCUGCUCUUCCUCAUCAACAAGACAGGUGCCUCACUGCACCAGAAAGGUGAGGGCUGGAAAGAGAAGGUCAAUGAGAGCAGAUCAGCCAGACCACGGACCCCCACACCCCUCGACCAAGAGGCCCAGCUGAGGAGCUCUCUGACAAUGCUGCUGCAGACUGGGGAAAGAGAGGAGGAUAGAGUUGGACGAGAGCAGCAGCCUUUGGGAAGAGUGCCCUCCAGGGCUCCGUCCCCUCUGCCCAGUCGUUCCCGCUCCAGCUCUGUGGGGGAGUCUCUGGGUCUGAGUGGGGGUCGGCCCAUGCGGACGCUCCUCGCCCAUCCCGCCUCCUCCAACCCCGUGCUCCUGCCCUUCUCCUGUGGUGACACCGUCACCGUGCUGCUGCCCGAGCCCCGUAACGGCUGGCUGUACGGCCGUCUGGACAGCAGCCUGCGGCAGGGCUGGUUCCCCGCUGCCUAUGUGGCUCCCCUGGAGGACUUCCUCCAGCCUUCAGGCUCUGGUGGGGCCUCUAUUCGAAGCCACAGCAUGAACAAUAUAUUUGAAACGGCUGACCAGUCAGACAAAGUCAACGCCAGAAGCGAAAUCCCACCCCCGACUACUCCUGUCCGAAGGAGCUCAGUUGACAUUCGCUCGGUCUCUCCCCUUCCUGAGUUCUCAUAUGAAAGCAAAACCAAUCAGAAAAGCUACAGUGAAAUCCCGCCCCCUGUCACUCCACUUCGGAGGGCAUCUGUGGACGUCCGGUCAGUCUCUCCUUUGCCUGAUAGGAGGGCCGAGUCUCAUUUUGACAGCAAACCAAACAUCAAAGGCUUUGAUGUCACCCCCCCAGCCCCACCUCCUCCUCCUCCUCCUCCGCCUCCUCCCCCUAAGACACCAAUGGAGCUGAAACCUCCCGUCUCUCCACUCCCUGAGAGGAAAACGGACUCCAGCUCUGGGAGAUCUACUCCUCAUGGGACGUUACCAGAAAACCCACUCUUCCCAAGGGGCACCAACCCAUUUGCCACAGUGAAGCUUCGCCCAACCACCACCAAUGACAGAUCUGCCCCACGGAUUCAAUGAAUCUAGAAAAAACCUGCAAUGGUUAGGUGCAGUGACCCAAAGUGAGAUAAAUUUCACUUCUUUGGAAGUGAUAUGAGGAGCACCUUGUAAGUGAUGAAAUGAAAUAUUUAACAUUGCCUUUAGUAUAUGAAAUGUACGUUUAUGUAGGUGUGCUGUUGAAAGUGUUCUUAGGUCUUGAACGUUUGGUGGGUUUCUAUUUGACUGCUACUUUAAAGUAGACUUUUUGAAACAUUUCUUUCAAAUUUCACUAACAAUGACGUUAAUGAUGCAAUUGUAAAUUGUGUGUCCUAAGAUGCCCUGGUGAUUUUUGCCCAUGUGGAGACAAUAUAACUCACAAUUCAUUAAAACAACCAGGCCAUUAAAAUAAAUGUACUCAA